AUGCUGGGAGCCAUGGAUGAGAGGAUCCCGCCGCCCCCUUUCUUCCAGUACUCGCCGUCCGGCGUCCAUUCUUCCCCUCACCACCACAACCCCAUGAGGUCGUCUGCCUCCGAGAGGGAGAGGUAUAUUGCUGAGUUACUUGCUGAGAGGCAGAAACUAGUUCCCUUCCUGCAAGUUCUUCCAUUUUGUAACAGGCUUUUAAACCAAGAAAUUCUGCGGGCAUCUUCUUUGCCACCUAACCCAAAUUUUGUUGAACCUGAGAGAUUCGAUUAUGGUAGCCCAUUAAGAUUAGCUGGCCACCCUAUGAACGGUCAACCAAUGGAUAUGGAGGGAUGGACUGGAAUGCAUGCAGAGCAUAUGGGGAUACACCAUUCACCAUCCAUGGGCUGGAAUGGUGGUCCUGGAGUUGUUGGCGGCCCUGUUGUGAAGAAACUUGUCAGGAUGGAUGUUCCAGCAGAAAAGUAUCCAAAUUUCAACUUUGUUGGCCGUUUGUUGGGGCCACGAGGAAACUCCCUGAAAAGAGUUGAAGCUACAACACAAUGUAGAGUCUAUAUUCGUGGACGUGGUUCAGUGAAAGAUACUGUGAAGGAAAACAAGCUUAGAGCUAAGCCUGGCUAUGAGCACUUAAACGAACCACUGCAUGUGCUUAUCGAAGCUGAGUUCCCGGCGGAUAUCGUUGAUGCGCGACUAAACCAGGCUGUGGUCAUACUGGAAGAUCUUCUCAAACCAGUAGAUGAAUCCAUGGAUUACUUCAAGAAGCAACAGCUGAGAGAAUUGGCAAUACUGAAUGGCACUCUAAGGGAGGAGGAAAGCCCAAGCCCAAGCCCCCAUCUCAGUCCCAGUGUAUCACCGUUCAACUCCACCGGGAUGAAACGCGCGAAAACGGGCCGGUGA